AUGGUUGAAAUAGGUGCACCUCAACAGUCUGCUGAAGAGAGCUUGGAGAACGCCGAAUGGUAUUGGGGUGAUAUUACAAGAGAUGAAGCUACAGAGAAGUUGCGCGACACAUGUGAUGGCACCUUUUUGGUGCGAAAUGCAUCUAAUAAAGAUAGUGGUUAUACUCUGACAGUGAGGAAAGGGGGCUUAAACAAACUUAUAAAAAUAUAUAACCAUGAUGGCUACUAUGGGUUCUGUGAACCUUUUGACUUUAAAUCCGUGGUGGAUCUGGUUAGAUUUUAUACAGAAUACUCACUGGCCCAUUGCAAUAGCAGUCUCGAUAUUAAGCUUAUGUACCCAUUGUCAAGACAUCAAGAAAAUGAAGGUGGAGAGAGUAUGAGUGAUGAAAUAUUAGAAACAAAAUUUAAAGAAAUCCAUAAAAAAUAUGUAUUGAAAACAACAGAUUUUGAAGAUAGAUCUUACAAAUACACUAGGCUAAGGGAAGAAGUGCAUAUGAGGAAACAAGCACUGGAUGCCUUUAGAGAAACUGUUAAGAUAUGUGAAGAACAUUUGAAAUUGCAAGAGAAGAUGCAGGAAGAAGCACAGCCACAUGAAAAAAGUCUUGUCAUAGAGAAUAAUAGACAAUUAAUACAAAGAGUUCAAAGUUUAAAACAAGCCAAAUCAGAACUUAAUGAUAUUUUAAGGAGUACAGUAACAGCUCAACUUCUUCUUGAGAGAGAAAUAGCCAAACUCAAGUCAGAUGUAACAGAUAUCUAUAAAUUAAAGGAUCGCUAUAAAAUAUGGUUACAAGCUCGAGGAAAAACAGAUGAGUACUUGCGCCUCUUGGAAGAUGAUAACAUAGACAAACUUGAAGGAUUAUAUGCUCACAGGGAAAUGAUUAGUUGGAAGGUCAAUUGCACUCGAGAAAAGGCAGAAAAACUUCUAAAUGGAAAACCCCAGGGUACAUUUUUAAUUCGGCCUAACUCAACUGGACAGUUGGCCCUAUCAAUUUGUUGUAACAGUAUGGUGUAUCAUUGUAUUAUAUUUAAGACUGAGCGUGGUUAUGGAUUUGCUGAACCUUAUAAUGUUUAUGAAACUCUGAAUGAACUGGUACUACAUUAUGCUGUUAACUCAUUAGAAGAACAUAACGAACAGCUAACAACAGAGUUAAAAUAUCCAAUAAAUGCUCAUUUGGUCAAGAAACCUGAAAAGAAGCAAUAG